CGAAAAUUAAACGAUGAAACAAGCAGAAAAUCUUAGGUCGAAGUACAUUCAACACAUGUACUUUGACACAAGGGAUCCGCCUGAUACGUGUUGGAGGCAUCCCCAGAGGAGAAGUCAGUCUUUUCCACUAAGCAGAAGCAGGAGCCCGGAAUCACCGACGAACUAUUAUUCCUCGAGUUCUUACAAGCCGCAAAAGGGCCAUAUGUGUUCCGGCCCGAUGUACUCGAAGUAUACCUCGCAUCACGGUGCCGACGCUGUAUACAUGCAGGCUCGGUCCAAAUCUCACCGAGACGUGCACCAUCCCUCCAACUUGUCGCCCAAGAGGAAGAUCCACUACGACGACGAGUUAGGGGACAUCGAGAAAUUGAAACUCAUCGACGAGGAAUUGGGGAAUAUCGUGGAGGGCAAUAUGGACGAGAACGUCGAAGAGGAGAUAACAGCGGAAGAGGAUCAGGAGUACUUGGACAAGGAUUACGAGGAGCACGAAGCGGACGAUGAAGUGGAGGAGGAAUCCGACCCGACCCCUCUCGCUCAUAGGUCUCAAAGAGGAAACAAGACCGAGGCGAUGUUGAAACAACGAUGGAGAUCCGAGCAACAGCCGGACCCGCGAAGAAUCCGUGGCCAGCAACGUGUCACUUUAGUAGAUAAUCCUUCUCCCAGUAGGUACUAUCAUAAUGUGGCCGAGCACGACAUAUCCGAGCCCUUAUCAGAAGAAGAUUUCGUCCGAACGUCGAUGAAGACUUCGAAGCGGCAGCCCUCCGACUAUUAUUGGGUGCCGAGGAACGAGCCCGAUCGAUACGAGAACGUGACGCCGUUAAUGCGGCGAGCCCGCACCAAACCGGAUAUGGAUCGUCUGAUAGACUCGGAGAUGAAUAAAGCGAGAAGAUGCAAUAGGUGCGGUAACUUGUCGAACAAGAAGAACGAACCGCCCGUGAAGAGUACUUGCAGAUUUGACGAUUCUGCGAAUAUUCCUAUCAAGGGAUCAAUCGGUGACGAGGCCGAGAACCAGGAACAAUUAUACGGCCGUUGCAAGUAUGCCACGAAGGAAGCGAACUCUAUGGAUAUUCCAACUCUGUACGCGAUGAAAUCACGCAGAUCCCGUGACACAAAGUCGCCGAUAUACGACAUUCCCGAGCACGGGCAGGAGAAGCUCUCCCCCGAAUAUUGUCGAUCCUCGAGAUACCCAAGAAAAUCGGAUGCGUUCAUGGAGAAGUCGAAGAGAUCGUUGCACACGUCUCACGGGACCGCGCGUAUACCUCCCCGAUACGUCGAAUAAAAUCGUUCCAUCGAUCGAUCGAAAUAUUCAUACCAAGGAAGAAGGAUAUAAUAACCCGAGAAGACUACUUGCAGAAUCACCACCUGAAAAGAGAACAAUCGAGAAAAUUAUUAUUGGAAUCGGACCAUAUACGUGCGCGAAUGAGAAAAAUUCCAAUUUAUUCUCACGAAUUUGAUUCUUCGAUAACGUUUCAGGAUCGAAGAUCCUUACCCUCGUCUCCAACCGAUUUCUCGCGACUUAUUUUCGUAUAAGGAAUUCGUCCCUACUCAUCGCUGUUUAAGAAUGUACGUGUCGAACAAUGAUAGAAACAAAUGAUAGAACGAUGUCUCGCCUCGUUGUUACUCAUACUUGAGAGUGAGAGAGAGAAUGUAUGUGCGUGUGUGUGUGGCGGAUGGAAGAACGAUGAAAAUUAAAUAGCUUCUACUCGAUCGUUUCCCUCCUACUGGUUGUGUAAUAUAUAUUUUUGUAACUGUCCUCGGGUCUAGAUGUUACACUUGUACGUGUUGUCCGAGACUAAAGCUAGUUGCACGAUGUACAUAACGCAUUAGAGCGAAUCGAUUAGGGUUUAAACGUCUCCUCAAGAGAUUAAAAAAAACAUUUGCUUUCACGUAUUCGGUGUUGGACGAUCUUCUAAAUGGUAAUCACCGUUCUCCCUCGGCACGAAAUCGAUUGUAUAUACGAGACACCACGAUUCUGACGACGAUUCUAUGUACACAUGUACGCGUACAUGUUGCAGACAAGAAUAAAACCUCGAAUCUGUGCACCGAACCCAGUCUACUUUGCCUAAUCCUUGCCUGCCGCACUGAUUCCCCGAUGUACCGAGUGUUCUUUCUCAAAUCUGAUUCAUGGGAUGCGUUAUUUUCACGAUAGAAUUUUUACAGACCGAUGUUUUACCUAAAUCGAAGUUAAGAAAUUUAUGGAAUUUGUAUUUAAAAUUUAGAGAAGAUUGUAUUAAAAAAGAAAUCCUUUUCGGACAGUAAAAAU